CAAAACACAAAACACAAAACAUCCAUCAUGUACACAAUGUUCCGAAGAAACGUACCCAAGUCCAACCCAAACCACCAGCAGCAGCAUCUUAACGUGUCAACACUACUUAUUCUACUCAACCUUCUAAUGGCGUCCUCCUAUACUCUAUCACGCACUCUCUCAGUCUCUCUCCUCCGCCCUCGCUUACCUCCUUCUGCACUCUCUCACCUUCGACACCUUUCUUCUUCCUCACGAAACUCUCCCAAACUUCUCCGCAAAUCUUAUCCUUGCCCUCUUUGGUCGUCUUCCUUCUCCUUCUGCCUCGAUUCUGCUCGACGUCGUUCUACCUCAGUUUCUCUCUCUUCGACCUCUUUCUCUUCUUCUAUGGCUACCACUGCCUCUUCGCCGAUCGCUGCUGCUUUUGACAAAUCUAAUCCUUUAUUGGCGGAGUUUAAUUUUCCGCCUUUCGAUUCGGUUAAGCCUGAGCAUGUUCGCCCUGGAAUUCGCGCUGUUUUGAAGCAAUUGGAGAGUCAAUUGGAUGAAUUGGAGAAAAAUGUUGAGCCGAAAUGGGAGAAAUUGGUGGAUCCUUUGGAGAAGAUUGUUGAUAAAUUGAGUGUUGUUUGGGGAAUGGUGAAUCAUCUUAAGUCUGUUAAAGACUGCGCGGAACUUCGAACUGCUAUCGAAGAAGUUCAGCCCGAGAAGGUAAAAUUUGAGCUUAGGUUGGGCCAAAGCAAGCCACUUUACAAUGCAUUCAAAGCUAUCCAAGAAUCCCCUGAUUGGCCGAAGUUGAGCGAGCCUCGUAAAAGGAUUGUUGAAAAUCAAUUGAAGGAGGCUGUUCUCAGUGGUGUUUCUCUCGAAGAUGACAAGCGAGACCAAUUUAACAAGAUUCAGCAGGAAUUGCAAAGACUAUCUCAAAAGUUUGAGGAGAAUGUUCUGGAUGCAACGAAGAAAUUUGAAAAAUUAGUGACCGACCCAAAAGAAAUUGAAGGAUUGCCUGCCACUGCUUUGGGGUUGGCUGCUCAAACAGCUGUGUCCAAGGGACAUGAAAAUGCUACCGCUGAUAAUGGCCCAUGGAUUAUUACAUUAGAUGCUCCAAGCUUUAUGCCUGUUAUGCAACAUGCUCGAAAUCGGUCUUUACGUGAGGAAGUUUACAGGGCUUAUGUGACACGUGCUUCGAGUGGUGACCUUGAUAACACUGAAAAUAUCAACCAAAUAUUAAAGCUUCGGUUGGAGAAGGCAAAGCUUCUUGGAUACAACAAUUAUGCAGAGGUGAGCAUGGCUAUGAAAAUGGCAACUGUUGAUAAAGCAGAAGAACUCCUAGAAAAGCUUCGUGUUGCAUCUUGGAAUUCUGCUGUUCAAGAUCUGGAAGACAUAAAAGGUUUCUCCAAGCAGCAGGGUGCUGCUGAGGCUGACAACAUGACCCAUUGGGAUAUCAGCUUUUGGAGUGAAAGGCUUCGUGAAUCAAAAUAUGAUAUAAAUGAGGAGGAGCUACGUCCAUACUUUUCAUUACCAAAGGUGAUGGAUGGCCUGUUUUCCCUAGCAAAGAAGUUAUUUGGGAUUGAUAUUGAGCCUGCUGAUGGUGUAGCUCCAGUGUGGAACGAAGAUGUUAGGUUCUAUUGUGUCAAGGAUUCCUCAGGUUCUCCUGUGUCAUACUUCUAUUUUGAUCCAUACUCUCGUCCCUCAGAAAAACGAGGUGGUGCGUGGAUGGAUGAGGUUUUUUCUCGAAGUCGUGUCUUGUCUCGUGAUGGUUCCUCUGUGAGGCUGCCUGUUGCACAUAUGGUUUGCAAUCAAACUCCACCUUUUGGCGACAAGCCAAGCCUUAUGACAUUCCGUGAAGUUGAGACUGUUUUCCAUGAAUUUGGUCACGCACUUCAACAUAUGCUUACCAGGCAGGAUGAAGGUCUGGUGGCUGGUAUUCGAGGUAUUGAAUGGGAUGCGGUUGAGCUUCCUUCUCAAUUCAUGGAGAACUGGUGCUACCAUAGAGACACUUUGUUGGGUAUUGCAAAACACUAUGAAAAUGGGGAGACUCUUCCUGAAGAAGUUUUCAAGAAAAUCCUUGCAGCUAGGACCUUUCGUGCUGGUUCUUUGAGCCUUCGUCAGUUAAGGUUUGCUUCACUAGAUUUGGAGUUGCAUACACGGUAUAUUCCUGGAGGCUCAGAAUCCAUUUAUGAUGUUGAUCAAAGAAUUAGCAAGAGAACACAAGUUAUUCCACCAUUACCUGAAGAUCGGUUCCUCUGUGGUUUCAGCCAUAUAUUUGCAGGUGGAUAUGCUGCUGGAUACUACAGUUACAAGUGGGCUGAAGUAUUAUCUGCUGAUGCUUUCUCUGCAUUUGAGGAUGCUGGAUUGGACGAUGAUAAGGCCGUCGUAGAAACUGGGCGCAGAUUCCGAGAGACAAUUCUUGCUCUUGGUGGUGGCAAAGCACCUCUAGAGGUGUUUGUAGAAUUUCGUGGACGGGAGCCAUCUCCAGAACCACUUCUUCGUCACAAUGGCUUAUUAUCAGUUUCUGCUAAAGCGUGAAUCAUGCGCUAGCUUGUUACCAGUUCCAUCUCGCUUCAAACGUGAUCACGCCCUAGCUUGUUACCUUCCAGCUUCAAUGUGAACUUCCCCGUUUCUCUUUGGCAGGUUUGAAAAUGUAUGAGCAAUUAGUUGUCGUGUUUAAGAUUAAGUUUAGUGCGUGGGCAGUGUUGCAAACUUUAAUCUAUUCCUUAAUGAUUACAGUUGAAUUAACACCCUUCUGGCACAUCUUAGAGGGUACUUCCAACACAAGGACUACUCAUUUUAACUUUUGUAUUCUGAAUAGUUCUGGUUCCCCUUAUCUUGUAACUAUUUCUUUUUUAAUUUUUAUCUUAUAUACUUUGUAUAAUUUUAGUAUAUUUUAAUUUUCACCAAUGGCCUAUGUCGCUUUACA